AUGCCAGAGGAGUCGCAGCAAGUUCUGCGGUACCUCCCAGAGAGGGCUGAAUAUGCCGAACUCUGUGACAUCACCCUGACUGCAGAAGGGCAGAACAUACCAGCCCAUGGUGCCGUCAUCGCCCUGCACUCUGGUUUCUUCUGCAAUAUGUUGGCAGAUCUGAGGAGUGGAGAUUGCAAACAUGAAUCUCUAGGAGCUGAUGGAAAGUUGUGUAUAAAGCUGGACGACCACGUGUCUGCUGAAGACACCAGGUUGAUGUUGGCCAUUAUGUAUGGUCAAAUCCUGCAGUUGAAAUCGGCGCAAGAAGCAUGGGCGAUGGUGCAUCUUGGAGACAAGUAUGACGCUGACAUAUUGUUCAGAAUAUCUGAACAUAAAAUGUGCGAGUUGGGGGACUCACUUUACUUCAUGAAGCCCUCAAAAACCACUGCGCUGAGUUCAACCAAAGAGAAUGUGGAAGAUGGGACUGAGAAAUGGCUCGAUGCUGCCAUGUGGCUUGGCCUUGCUGACAGACUGGGCAUGGAAGACCUGCGCACGAAAUGCCAAUGCAUCAUCCUGCAAGACAUCGUUGCCAAUUCCAAAGGCGACCCUGUGAAACCCGAGCUGUUGUUGGCUAUGGCCUCCCUGAACAACCACGGUGCAUCCCCCAAAAGCAUCUGCGACAUAUUUGGCGCUUAUGUCAGG